CUGCACCCCUGUUUAGAUCCAAGUAACAUGGACCCGGGGAUCAAGCUGCCCCGGUUUAUGAGGUGUUGAGCGAGUAUUUCUGGUCUGGGAUCAAAUGUUUGCUUCUGGAGUUCCUUUGGAAGCAAUGCUGCUAAUCUGAGGAGAGAAUGAGUUUGUAUUCCAUCCCUCACAAGGAGAGGCUUUAGACCUGCGGUGAGAGAUUUAUUGGAAGAAAAGCCCACAACUGGAAGCAAACCACGACUGAAGACGAGGGAACAGCAGCAAGUGAACCAGCCCAAGAACCAACUGGAGAGAACCCUUCUGAGUCAGAGUUUCCAUUGAUUCAUUCAGGAGAAAGUUUGGACUGCUCAGGGGAAAUAGUCAUGUUACCUGUGUGUAUUGUGGCGAUGCAGGAGUUGCUGGAGAAUUUACAAGUGUGAAGAAGUGGAGUGAUAUUCGGAAAUCUGACAUUUUAAAGUGUAAUUUAGCAAGCAAACCACAUAUGGACAAAGUGCAAAAGCUCUGGUUAAAUAUGACAAGGAAUUUGUCUAUGGGAAUCUCGAACACAACACGCCAGUUUUGCUAUCUCUGCCCAGAUAUUUAAGAAGAGGAGCAAGGGAUUUACUCGAUCAUCAGAACAACUGGCGUGCCCGUCAUUUUACACGGGGGGAACACAUUCAUCUGCUCAGACAGUGGGAACGGAUUCCCUCGGUCAUUUCAACUGAAGGUACAUCAGCAAGUUCACACUGGACAAGGCCAUUCACCUGUUAUAAGUGUGAGAGGGGAUUCAGUCAGUUAUCCCACUUGUGGACACACCAGUCAGUUCACAUUGGGCAGAGACUGGUCAUUUGCUGAAUUUGUGGGAAAUGAUUCACCAGAUCUUCUGACCGAAUGGCACACCAGCAAGUUCACACUGGAGAGAGGCUGUUCACCUGCUCAGACUGUGGGAAGGGGUUCACUUGCUCAUCUAAACUGAAGGUACAUCAGAGAGCACACACUGGAGAGAGGCCAUUCACCUGCUCAGUGUGUGGGAAGGGAUUCACUAUAUCAUCUCACCUACUGAGACACCAGUCAGUUCACACUGGCGAGCGGCCGUUCACCUGCUCAGACUGUGGGAAGGGAUUCCCUUGCUUAUCUAAACUGAAGGUACAUCAGAGAGCUCACACUGGUGAGAGGCCAUUCACCUGCUCAGACUGUGGGAAGGGAUUCAUUCAGUCAUCUGAACUGAAGGUACAUCAGCGAGUUCACACUGGGGAGAGGCCGUUCACCUGCUCAGACUGUGGGAAGGGAUUCAGUUGGUCAUCCCAUCUGAAGGUACAUCAGCGAGUUCACACUGGAGAGAGGCCAUUCACCUGCUCAGUAUGUGGGAAGGGAUUCAUUCAGUCAUCUCAGCUGAUGAUGCACCAGUCAGUUCACACUGGCGAGAGGCCAUUCACUUGCUCAGACUGUGGGAAGGGAUUCACUUCUUCGUCCCAACUGAAGGUACAUCAGCGAGUUCACACUGGUGAGUGGCCAUUCACCUGCUCAGACUGUGGGAAGGGAUUUGCUCUGUCAUCUCACCUACUAACACAUCGGAGAGUGCACACUAAGGAGAAGCCGUUCACCUGCUCAGACUGUGGGAAGGGAUUCUCUCAGUCAUAUAAACUGAAGGUACAUCGGAGAAUUCACACUGGGGAGAGACCGUUCACCUGCUCAGAUUGUGGGAAGGGAUUCACUCAGUCAUCCAUCCUAAUGGCACACCAGCAAGUUCACAGUGGGGAGCGGCGUUUCACCUGCUCAGAUUGUGGGAAGGGAUUCACUCGGUCAUCUCAUCUACAGAGACAUCAGUCAGUUCACACUGGGGAGAGGCUGUUCACCUGCUCGGACUGUGGGAAGGGAUUCACUCGAUCAUCCACCCUCAUGGCACACCAGCAAGUUCACAGUGGGAGAGGCCAUUCACCUGCUCAGACUGUGAGCAGGGAUUCACUUGUUCAUCUCAACUGAAGGUACAUCAGUGAGUUCACACUGGAGAGAGGCCGUUUACCUGCUCAGUGUGUGGGAAGGGAUUGACUCAGUCAUCUCAUCUACAGACACACAAGCGAGUUCACACAGGAGAGAGACCGAUCAGCUGCUGAGACUUUGGGAAGUAAUUCUGUCAGCAAAAUCAACCAAAUGUGCAUCAUUGAGUUCACAGUGGGGAGAGGCCGUUCACCUGCUGUGAAUGUGGGGAGCGAUUCACUCAGGUCACUUAACCUUAUGUAACUCUUGCUUCAGCUAGCAACUUAAUAUAGGGGGUGAUAGCCCCUGAGCUUGGCCAAACCUAAGAAAUCUCGUUUGUGUGAAUGCUGCAUGAUGUGUCCCCUGUUACAAAUCAGUACCCCAAAAAUAACAAAUGGUACACAAUAUGCGAUUAAACAAUUGAGCUAUUUAAUUCUUACUUUGACUAUAGGAUUAGUAAAGGAAACAAAAAAAAGUAAAAGGGCCCUUUCUCUCCAUUCGUGUCUUCUCAUCUCUCCCUGGCAAAAGACCGUGAAAAUCUACCUUCCAGACUCACAGGAAAGAACAAUAUCUCUCUCUCACUGGAUAGCUAGGCACUCCAAAAUCCUGUUAUUUCCAGUCAUAAGGUAAACAUUGCUGCUGCAGAGAAACCAUUAGCUCAGCAGUGAAACAUAACAGAGAGACCAUUACGUUAGCAGUGAAAUCUCACAGCAUGUUACACUUGUGACACACUACCGGGUUCACACAGGGGAGAUCGUUUCAAUAAGUUGCAUGCUGGAUAUUUGUCCAUCAGUGUUGCUAAAGCUAUUUUGAGAGUGACUAUUGGUGCUGGACUCUACAAUUAUUGCUGCUGCUUACCACAUCUAGUUCUGGGCAUGGGCGGAGUUUCUUCUACUGCAUAUUCACCUUCAAUGGGACUGGAGUUUAAUAUUGAGUGGGGUGGAGUGUGGCCAGUGAAGAAGUGGAGCUUUGACGCUUUGGCUCAAGUAGUUUUGGCAGAUGGAUUGUGCAAUCAAGUCAAUCCAGAUUUGAAUAGCUCUUGGAGGCUGUGCCUGUUUGUGAAUGGAGUAACAUCAGUUUCUGUGCUGCUCCUACUUUUGUACCUUUCCCCAUAGUUUAAACAGAAUUUAAUAUCUUCAGUUGCUGAUUCUUGAAGGGGAACAAUAUGUAUUUGAGGAGUGGGAAGUACUUGUCUGAACCUAGUGAUAAAGGCAACGGGAAAGGAAAGAUGCAAAAGGAAGUAUCUGAUGAAAUGCCAUUGUGGGCUGAAGAUAUGGCUUGGAUACAGUUCAUUUAAAGACUAACUUGAAAAGAAUAGUAUUGAAAUGAUGUCAUUUCUGGGAAAACAAAGAUCUGGAAGCUCAAGUCACUACACACAAAGAGGAAUCGAAGAUAAUUAAGCAAAAAUUGCUUGAAAGUAAAAUAAAAUAAAACUCGUUUGUAAAGGUAUCGAAAUAAGAUUAUAGACCUGGAAACUAGGUCUCGCCGAAGGAAUAUAAAAAUUGUUGGGCUGCAGGAAGGAGUUGAAAAUGUAGAUUUAACUUCUUACAUUGGUAAGCUUUUUCAUACCUUAUUUCCUUCUAUAUUAUCAUAGCCGCCUACUAUAGAAAGAGCACACAGAACUUUUACUUCAAGAUCUCAAGAUCCAAAUAAACCAAGGGCUGUUCUGGUUUGAUUUCAUUAUUUUAAGAUUAAAGGUCAAAUAAUGCGACAGGCAAGAAAACAGUUUUUAGAUUUGAGACAUCUGAGCUUGGUUUUUAUGAAGAUUAUUCGAAGGAGGUAAUGGAACAAUGAUCAAAAUUUGCUCUGGUAAUGAAACAGGCAUAUGAUAAGAAAUUGUUUCCUUCUUUGCGUCACCAACAAGAAUUACAUUUUUUCCUCCUGAUUCUCCUCCUAGUACAUAUUGUGAUCUGAAAGUUGCACUGGCGUUUGAUUAAACUAUACCUGCUGCGACUGCCGAUCGAACUGUCUGGCAUAUUAUCUGCAUAAUAGCUUUUCGGGAAGAAGAUUUAUGAAGGCUACUUGGACAUUUCAUUGAGAGACUAUUAAAAGAACAUUAGGGGACUUGUUUAUUAUUGCAUAUCAAUGUUUUUUUGGUAAGAAGAUUUAAGGUUGAAGUAUGAUUGCUUAAGUGGUUAUUUGGACAUUUGACGGAGAAAAAUAACAUAAAAGGACUUAUUCCUUUAACCUAAUAUCUGGUUUGAUAUUUUUUCUGUUUUUUUCUUAAUUAACUAACUGAUAGUUUUUCCUACUAAUGGGGCUAUUUCCAUCUCUUAUAUAUACUUAGCGGAGGUUUCAAUUAUUUGUAUAAUAUUAUUAGUUUUAAAGAUAGUGCUGAUCUGUUAUUAAACACUAUGCUUGGUUUCUCUAGGUAAUAUGCUUUAGAUUUUAAUAAUUGCUUAUUUUUAAAAUUAUUUUCAAUAUAUUAGUAUGUUUUUUUAUAUAAUGAAUUUUAUUGCAUCUUAUAUCUGAAUUUAAAGCUUUUUUAGGGGAUUUAAUGUUAAGCUUAAGAUGGAGCUGUUUUUUUUCUUUUUAAGAGAUACAAUUUUUUGGUUUCCUCUUUGUUUAAAAAAAAAAGCAAAUAUAAACAUGAGAUAGUUUGUAGAUGCUGGAAUGUAAACAAUUUCUUUUGUUGAGACUGUUGUCCCUCUUACAUGGUCAGUGAGUUUCAUUUUUUAACUGGGGAGGGAGAGAGAACCUUUUUUAAUCUUUUUUUUCGGACAGACAGAGCAGCUUUAGCUGUGUUUUCUAUCGUAGGGUGCCUGAUUUUCUGGGCUGUGGAGGGAGUGGGAUGGGGUUAGAAUUAGUGUUUUUUUUUCCCAUUGGGUGGUUCAGGAGCAUGUGUGUUUUCUGUGUGGUUGUAUUCUCCAUCGCCACAAUUUUUGAUCAUCCCGUAUUGGUAUGUGCUCGGCGCAUGUGUAAAGUAGAAUAAAAUUAUAGUAUGGAAUCUAAACAGAUUAAUGUAAUAAGUUAGAAUGUACAUGGUUGGAAUCAUCCAAUCAAAUGAAAAAAGACUUUUAAAAUCAUUAAUCGAUUACAACCUGAUAUCAAGGCGGGAGAUCAAAAUAGGUUUUAUGGAUCGUGGAAGAGUUUGCAAUUUCACUCCACUUCUCAAAGUAAAGCUAAGGGAGUGUCUAUUUUUAUUAAAUCCAAUAUUUCGUUCAUUCAAGAAAACAUUAAGUCAGAUUCUUUUGUCGAUUUUUAAUUGUUAAAGGUAUAAUUUGUAACAGAAAAGCUGUUUUGGUCCAUUUGAAUGGUCCUAACUAAGUUCUUAUUUUUAAAAAAUGUAUUUGCUUUACUGCCUCAUUUAAAUGAAUAUAUGUUGAUAAUGGGCGGGGAUUUUAACUGUUGUUUAAAUCCUUUGAUUGACAAGAGCUCAACCAACCAGCAACUUCCAAAUCACUCCGCAUUACUUAUUAAUUCCUUUUUGACAGAUUUUUGGAUUGAUUGAAUUAUGCAGAUAUUUACACCCUGAUGAUAGAGAAUAUUCUUUUUUGUCACAUGUUUAUAGAAAAUAUUCAAGGAUCGAUUAUAUUAUAGUUGAACUUUGCUUCUUGCCUAGUGUUAAGAAUUGUGAGUAUGAUACUAUCACUGUAUCUGCUCAUGCAGCUUUCAGUUUGUUUUUCGAAUUCGAUGAUGCCAUCCUUGCCCACCCACCUUGGUGCCUGUCUCAGACAUCAUUGCAGAAUUCAGACUUUGUUAGCUUCAUUGAAAACCAGGUAAUAUAAUUUUUUUUAAUGUUACAUGAAUCACAUGGGAUACAUUUAGAGCAUUUUAAGGUGGUCAUAUCAUUUCUUAUUCUGCUAACCUGAAAAAACAGACUAAAGUAGAAUUAGAUAAGAUUACAGAACAAGUUAAAGACUUUGAUAAUAUUUAUGUGAUUUCCCACUAAUUUAAACUAAGGAUGGAACUUCAAUCACAAUAUAAUUUAUUAUUAACUCAUCCUAUUGAAGGCUAUUUGCUUAAGCUAAAAAGUCAAUUUUAUAUGUUUUGAGAUAAAAAAUAACAAACUGCUUGAGUCUCAAUUAAAAAUGGCCAGAGCCAAAAGGCAAAUUUUGAAAAUCUGUAGGAAAGAUUGUACCCUGGCUUGGGAAUUUAGGUUCUUCUAAAAUGAUUUUUUUUUUUACGAAAGAUUGUUUUUGCUCGAAUUUCUGUUAAGGAUCAAAAAACUCUUGAUGCCCAAAUUACCGAAGCCAAAAUUCAUCAAGCUAUUUUUUCAAUGCCAUCUGGUAAGGCCCCUGGACUUGAUGAGUUCCAUGUAGAAUUUUAUUAAUAAAUUAGAAAAUUACUCUCUCUGUAUAUUUAGGAAAUGUUUAAGGACUCUUUUGUGAAAGACAAUUUACACUUUACUUUUUAUGAUGCUUCUAUUGCUUUAAUUCUUAACAAGGAUAAAGGUCCUUCUGAUUGUGCCUCAUUUAGACCUAUUUCAUUAUUGAAUGUUGAUGCUCAGAUUCUGUCAAAGAUAAUGGCCAAUUGGUUGGAAAAUUUUUGGGUAAAGUUAUUUUUAAAGAUCAAACAGGCAUUAUAGACAGCCAUUAUUACUUUUCAAAUGUUUGGAGAUUAUUUAACAUUAUAUACCCAUCUUCUUUUAAAACUCUAUAAUGUGUCAUUUCUUUCGAUGCUGAAAAUGCGUUCGAUCGAGUUGCAUGAAAAUAUUUAAUGUUUUAGAGAAAUUUGGCUUUGGUGUUAAUUUAAAUAAUUGGAUUAGAAUGAUAUAUAAAACUCCUAUUGCCUCUGUUAUUAUUAAAAUAUAAUAUCUUAUAUUAUUAUAGAUAAUAAUAUCUUGUAUUAUUAUCUACAAGAUAAUAAUAUCUUGUAUUAUUAUCUACAAGAUAAUAAUAUUGUAGAUUAUUAUCUACAAUAAUAAUUGUAGAUCUCUUUAUUCAGCUUUCACGGAGGACAAGACAAGGUUGUCUAUUAAGUCCUUUGUUAUUUAACUCAAAAUUAGAAUCCCUUGGUAUCACUCUUCGUGACGCUAAAGAUAUUCAUGGGAUUCUUGUGAAUGAGAUUUCUCUUUACACUGAUGAUUUUCUGGUUUAUGUAUCUAAUCCCGAGGAAUCUCCUUGCCUUGCUAAAAUUAUUUAAUGAAU